AUGUCAUUUGGUCAUGGAGGUGCUUCUGCGCCUGGCGAUGGAAUGGACGAGUUCUUGAGGGAUCUGCAAACAUCCUGGGGUGGUGUUCCAGCAUCUUCUUACGUGGGCGUCAGCCUUCCGUACUGCACGGGUGCAUUUCCUUCUACCUCUGUCUUGACGCCGAUCAGUCUUCCAGAUAGUUCCUUUGUCAAUGCCCGGCCCAGUCCUGUUUUAAGUCACCACUCUCAGGACUACCAAUUCCAACAUAUCAAUGAACCGGCAGCGCCCCUCGGGCUGGGCAUCACCGCUCCGCUCCCCAGUGAUUUCCCCAGGACCGUGACCGCUGGCUUGAGCUUCUCACAGGAACGUAUCGAGUUCGCAUCAAAUGAAAUUGCGCCUGAAUAUGCCCAAUCGCCUCCGGCCAAGCGAGUCAAAAGAACCACAGCGAGAGAGGCACCGAUCUCAAUCCUUCCACAUCCGGAAGGACUCCAGCGUCUAGAACAACAACGGCGACAAAUCCAGACACGAAAGCAGCAAACGCCACGUCCGCGGGCCCCAGGGCGAAACCGCAGAGACCCCCAGGCGGAAGAAGAAGAUGCCUUUGUUGAGAACCUACGUGAGCAGAACAAGGCCUGGAAAGUCAUCCGGGAGAUGUUCUGCGAGAAGUUCAAGAAGGAUGCGACUGAGGCCCGGUUGCAAAUGCGUAUGCUUCGCAGAAGGAAGGACCGUGAAGCCCGGUGGGAUGAGCAUGAUACCCGGGUGCUCAUGGAAGCCCGUGAUUAUUGGGAAAGCGAGAAGUACGAGUUUAUUGCGCAGAAGAUGAGAAACUUGGGUGCUAGGCAACCCUAUACUGCGCAACAAUGUGAAGCCAAACUCCGGCAUCUGGAUGCUAGACAAAACCACGAGCGUUUAGAUGUAUCGCUGCCUCAGAUACACGAUUCUCCACGUCGAAGAAAGCGAGUUCUCCUCCCCCCAAUCAUCCGAAGCCCAACAGGCAGAGCGGAAAUCUAG